AUGUUAUUGUUACUGCUAUCAGUCAUUGCAUUUAAUGUCAUCAAUGCAUCUAAUCCGGUGAUUGAUCUGAACUGCAAAACGAUGCGAAAAACAAUUUGUUACAACAAUAAUCUUGAAAUACUCGAGCAAAGCAUGCAAAUUCAGAAGAAUGACAAGACUAAGUACGAAACUUUGUUCAUUAAUGAAGCUAACGUUGAGUUCCUGCCGAUUAUUAUUGCAACUACAUUUCCUGAUAUUAAGGUUUUAAAAGUCAUCGGUUCAUCACUUAAAAGUAUUGAAAAAUCAAAUUUUGAGGGACUUGAGAAGGUCGUGGAAGUGAAUUUAGAGAAAAAUUUAAUAUCAAACUUGCCUGCGAAUGUUUUUGAGCCACUAAAAAAUAUCAAAAAGAUUAAUUUAAAUUCAAAUAAAAUUUCAUCAUUUCCGUCAAAGAUAUUUGCAAGCAACACGAAAUUGAUGUCAAUUACCGCCGUUGGUAAUGUGAUAAGCUUCAUAUCUGAUCAAGCAUUUAAGAAUUUAGCUAAUUUGAAGCUUCUUUUCAUUUCAAAUAAUCAAAUUGAGGAUCUACGAAGUGGAACUUUUGAUGAUUGUGUCGAGUUGAAAAUUCUUUCAAUCCACAAUAAUAGAUUAAGGCAUGUGCCUGAAAAUAUCUUCAAUAAAAACACAAAUUUAGAAAUCUCUCAGAAACAUUUUGUCAACAAUACUUGCAUUGAUGAGUUUGUAAAAAAAGAAACAAUAGACACAAUUGGUGACCUAAAGAGAGCAUUUAAGGAACACUGCAAGCCACUUUGUUAUGAUGAAAUGGAAGAAUUGAAGGAGAAUGUGAAAGAUUUGAAUGAAAAAUGGGGCGAAGCUAAUGAGACGAUAGAUGAUUUUAAAGCCAAUUUGAAUAAUAUAAAGCAAGAGCUUGGAACUACCAAUAGCAAGCUCGAAAAGUGUGAAAGUUCAAAAGUUAAGCUUAAUCUUGAAAUGGAUAAAUUUAAAUAUGAAACUACAAAAUUAAAAUCAGAAAUUUCAAACCUAAACUUGGAAGUCCAAGAGAAGGAAAAUUCAAUCACAAAUUUGACAAAAUCUGAAGAAGAUCUCAAGUCAACUAUAGAAAAUUGCGACCAAAAGAUAAUAAAAUUAAAUUCAACGAUCGAAACUCAAUUAAUUGAAAUUGAAAGCUGCAAAAAAGAUAAAGAAGUUUAUUCAAAAUUAUUCAUUGUUGAAGCCACAAAAUCUUCAAAUUUCACAACAGACAUAAAUGAUUGUAAGAGUCAAGCUGAGAAUCUCACAAAUGAGUUAAAAAUUACAAAAGAAUUGAUUGAGAAAAAUGAUAAAAUUUUACUAGAGACCAAAAAAGAAUUAAAUAUUAGAAAUUUAGCUUUAAUUGGUAUGGAAAAUUUGAAUAAGGGUCCGUGUAAUGAAAAUGAGUUUUCAUGCAGAUCUGAGCUAAAUGAGCUUAAAAUACAAAACCAAAACUUUACACAGCUACUUAAUAGGCUACAAGAGUCAAAAAUCACGCAAAAUCCAGAAGCUCCAUUUACCAUCAACUGUAAAGUUGAAAAAGUCAGUGAAUACUUAACAUGUCAUGUGAUUGAUGUCAAAGCUACGUCACGUGAUACAAAAAUUUAUGAUAUUCUAGAAAAUUCAAGCCUAAACAAUGUUAAUGGACUCGAUUUUACUGACAGCAAAUUCAUUGAUUUUCCAGCUGAGUUGACAAAAAGAUUUGAAAACUUCAGAUUUUUUAAAUCUUCAGAUUCCGUGUUUUUAAAUUUUAAUGAAAAUAUUUGCGAAUAUUCGAACAAAAUUGAAGAAUUUUUGGUAACAUCGUCAGAUCUUGGAUGGUCUAUUACGCUUGACAACUGCAAAUCACUCAAAUCCUUACAAAUUGAAAAUUCUGGAAUUCGAGAAGUUUCAGCGAAAAAUUCAAUAUUUUCAUUAAUCAAAAUUAAUUUAAAUGGAAAUAAAAUUAAUAAAAUUUCAAAAGAAUUUUUCAGCAAUUUUGAAAAUCUAAAGAGUAUCCAGCUGGCCAACAAUAAAAUUGAGUCAAUCGAUGGAAAUGUUUUUGAUGGAAAUAAUGCACUUGAAACUAUUAAUUUGUCUGAAAAUCCAAUUCGUAAAAUUAAUGGACAGAUUUUUACAAACAACAGACAACUUGCAACAAUCUUUAUGAAGAAUUCUGGUUGCAUAAAUGAUGAUGCCAUUGGGAGGAGUAAGAUUGAAAAGAUUAAAAACAAUUUAUUGACAAAAUGUGUCUGA